AUGGACAUGAUAUCAACUGAUUUUAUGUCAUACAUCCAUGUAUAUGACAGUGGGGUUAAUUAUAUUCCGACUGAUCCUGUCGAACUCAUCUGUAUACAUUCGUCAGUUUUGUCUCUUGUACAAUGUGCAGUGUUAUGUCAUAAAGAUGCACGAUGUCACACGUUUGUUUCUGACUUACCAUCUUGUCGACUUUAUGAAAGUUCUCCUCAAACUGGUUCCCUUGUUAGUUCAGCAUCACACGAUACCAUAGUUGGCUCGAUUAUCUAUGAUAACAUAGAUUUAACUUCGAAAUAUAAUCAGUCCUGUGAUCAUUGUGCUCAAGAUCGAUAUUUGGUUUGUCGAAACGGUACAUGUCAAUGUCCAGUACAGACUUAUUGGACUAACCAAACAUGCCAAUCACAAUCUUUCACAGGAGCACCAUGUAACAGUAGUAAACAGUGUCGCAAUGACCUGGGUCUAGUUUGUUCACGAGAAAAUAAGACAUGUACACCCAUGUCAGUUGUUCGAAUACCUGUUAUCGGUGGAACUUUACCAGCACAAUUCUCUAAUCUAGGCAUCGAACUAAAUACAACCGGAGAUGAAUGGUGGCGCGCUUUCGACAACAACAUUUAUACUAUUUGGAAUCCUCAUAGUUAUCUCGUUCCUGCCUAUCUUUGGAUCACAUUCGACGAUAAAUAUUUAUUGAGCUCGUUUCAGUUGACAAUCUACGGUGAUGCAUGGCAUGAUCCGAAAACGAUUUACGUGUAUUUGGAUGAAAAUGCUAUGUACUUAGGUCAAUUAUUUACUUAUCCAGCGAUUAACAACGGUACAUAUUACCUCACAUUAUCUCCUAGCUUAUUUAAUAUUACAAACAAUCCAUUGGCAACUAAUCAACUCCUCCUUAUGAUCAAUCCUUGGGAAACAAAUCAAGUCUGGGGAUGUGAAUUCACGUUCUUUGGUGGUCUGUAUUAA